AUGGCAUCUUCAAAUGUGGCCUUCCAAGGCAACGAGCCUAUUGCAAUCGUUGGCAGCGGCUGCAGGUUUCCAGGAGGUGCCAACUCACCUUCCAAGCUGUGGGACCUGCUCCGGGAGCCUCGCGAUGUGCUUUGCGAAAUUCCCCCGAGUCGUUUUGAUGUUCGCGGGUUUCAUCAUACAGAUUCUCAGUUUCCUGGUCACACCAACGUCAAACACUCCUAUCUACUCCAAGAAGAUGUCGCCAAGUUUGAUGCCCAAUUCUUUAAUAUCACAGCACCAGAAGCAGUAGCCAUGGACCCUCAGCAGCGCCUCCUUCUUGAGACAGUAUAUGAGGGCUUGGAGGGCGCUGGCUUGACCAUCGAAGGUCUCAAGGGCUCCAACACUGGUGUUUAUGUCGGCGUUAUGUACGUCGACUACGAGUCUCUGCAAUUUCGCGACUUGCAGCACGUCCCAACAUACCUUGCCAUUGGCACCGCCCGGAGUAUCGUUUCCAACAGGAUAUCAUACUUUUUCGAUUGGCACGGUCCCUCACUGACGGUCGAUACCGCCUGCUCUUCGAGUUUGGUUGCUGUGCACCAAGCCGUACAGGCUCUGCGAUCGGGAGAAGUCCGUGUCGCAUUAGCGGCCGGAACCAAUCUCCUACUCGGCCCAGAGCCGUACAUCCACGAGAGCAAGCUGAAAAUGCUGUCUCCCGAUGGCCGGUCUCGCAUGUGGGACCAGGGUGCUAACGGUUACGCCCGCGGUGACGGUGUUGCCGCCGUCGUCCUCAAGACACUGAGUGCCGCGCUGGCGGACGGAGACCACAUCGAAGCCAUCAUCCGGGAGACCGGCGUAAACCAAGAUGGUCGCAGUCGCGGUAUCACGAUGCCCAGUGCAGCGGCGCAGGCGUCGCUUAUCCGAGCUACCUACGCCAAGGCAGGACUCGACCCGGAGUCCAAGACAGAUCGGUGUCAAUACUUUGAAGCCCACGGCACGGGGACACCCGCGGGCGACCCGGUCGAGGCCGAGGCUGUGCACACGGCGUUUUUCGGCAACGGAGAUCCUGAUGCGGACCGCCUCCUCGUUGGUUCCAUCAAGACCAUCAUCGGUCACACGGAGAGCACCGCCGGCCUGGCCGGCAUCCUCAAGGUCGUGCAAGCAAUGAGACACGGCUACGUCCCGCCGAAUAUGCUGCUGGAGAAUCUCAACCCGAACGUCUUGCCUUUUUACAGUCACUUGAAGAUCCCCCAGAAGCUUACUCCGUGGCCACAACUUCCGCCGGGUCAAAGCCGGCGAGCCAGCGUGAACAGCUUCGGGUUCGGUGGAACCAAUGCGCACAUCAUCCUCGAGAGUUUUGAGCCGUCCACCUCCGACGAAGAGAGAGACAUCCAAAGCGCUGCCCCUUUUCUUUUCUCCGCACAGUCAAAACAAUCGCUCCUGUCCAGUCUCGCAGCCCAUGUCCAGUACUUGGAGCAGCAUCCCGACACCAGUCCUUCGGAUCUUGCUUGGACUCUGCGAUCUCGCCGCUCUCGUCUCCCUCUGCGACUCGCGUUGCCGGCGUCAACCAUUGAGACACUGCAGAGCAACCUAAAGGGGAUCAUUGGCAACAGCAACUUCCAGCUAGACUCCAAGGCCGCCGGUACCAGCACCAAGCAGGCUCGUCUGCUGGGUGUCUUCACGGGCCAAGGUGCGCAGUGGGCUCGCAUGGGCGCCGAGCUCGUCGAGACUUCCCAGUAUGCGGCCGACUUGCUAGCCGUCAUGGAUGAUGCCUUGGCACAGCUGCCCGAGGCGGACCGCCCGUCUUGGACUUUGAAAGAGCAGCUGCUCGCUGAAGCAAAGACGAGCCAAGUUGGCAGUGCUUCUGUUGCGCAACCUCUGUGUACCGCUGUGCAGGUCAUUCUUGUUGAGCUGCUUCACCAAUGCGGCAUCAGCUUCGCUGCUGUUGUUGGACAUUCCUCGGGCGAGAUCGGGGCCGCCUUUGCCGCUGGGGCUCUGUCUGCUCCUGACGCUAUCCGCAUUGCGUAUUAUCGCGGUCUUCAUUCCCGGCUGGCUGCAGGUCCCGAAGGAGUCCAAGGUGCUAUGCUGGCAGUUGGGACAACUUUGGAAGAUGCCGAGUCCAUCUGCAACGAUGACUACUUCCUGGGCAGAGUCAAGGUCGCCGCAUGCAACUCUGCCUCCAGUAUCACCAUCUCAGGUGAUGAAGAUGCGAUCGAGGAGAUGAUUGACAUUUUCGAGGACGAGAACAAGUUCGUCCGACGUCUCCGGGUGGAUAAGGCUUACCAUUCGCAUCACAUGGUGCCUUGUUCACAGCCGUACUUGGAGUCUAUGAAGCCUUUCUCCAUCCAAAUGAAGCAAUCCAACUCGAACUGCACUUGGAUCUCCAGUGUCAAUCCGGAUCGGUCUCUGGACGUUUCAAACAGCCUUGAUGCCUCAUACUGGGUGGAAAAUCUUCUUUCACCAGUGCUCUUCAUGCAAGCAGUCGAGAAAGCCAUUAGACUCGGUCCCUUUGACGCCGCAAUCGAAGUUGGUCCUCAUCCUGCUUUGAAGGGGCCUGUUCUUGACACUCUUCGAGACCAAAAGAUUGAGAUUCCAUACACAGGAUUACUUCAGCGCAAUACCAACGCAGUCCAAAGUGUUUCCUCCGCAAUUGGAUAUGUCUGGACGCAUGUCGACAAUCUCGUCAUCGACUUUGACCGCUACGAAUCUGCCUUAGGUGGUCCGAAGACGCAUCGCUUCAUCUCGAAUCUGCCAACAUAUCAAUGGAACCACUCCCAGGGAUAUUGGCACGAAUCCAAUCUUUCGCGAAACCUGCGCACAAGAAGUCAACCUGUUCAUCAGCUUCUUGGAGACCUGCAGCCCCAGAGCUCAGCACAUCAGGUUACAUGGAAGGCGAUCUUACGACCCCAAGAUCUUCCAUGGGUUCAUCACCACAGAAUCCAAGGGCAGACAGUCUUCCCGGCAGCUGCAUAUGCGGCUACGGCAUUUGAGACGAUCCAUUUCCUGGCAGAUGGAACUCCUGUUCAGCUCAUGGAAAUUAAAGACUUAUUCAUCCACCAGGCUUUGGUUUUUGGAAACGACGAGCAAGAGUCUGGCAUCGAGGUCCGAUCGGUGGUCAGCAACAUCAGCCACGAUGAUCCCGCAACAAUCACAGCCCAUUUCACUUACGAGGCGUGCAUUGGAUCCCAGAAGGAUUUCCAACUUGUAGCAAGCUGCGAGAUAUCAGUCUUCUUAGGCGAGCCGUCGCGAGAUACGCUGCCCGCAACUGCCCGUAUCGAGCCCUACAUGGUCGAUAUCGACACCGAGCUCGCGUACUCCUCUCUCAACGAAGUUGGCUACGGAUACACGGGUCCCUUCAAAGCCCUGUCUCGCUUGAAGAGGAAGCUCGGCAAGGCGUCUGGGUCCCUUGCCUUGACAGCCCCGGAGUCCAACGACGAGGUUCUCAUCAUUCAUCCCGCGGUUCUGGACGCAGCUUUCCACUCCAUCAUCUUGACUUUCAGCUAUCCUGAGGACGGCAGGCUUUGGAGCCUCCACCUCCCCACCCGCAUCAACAAAAUCAGGAUCAAUCCUUCGCUGUGCGGUCGUCACUGGUCAGGCGCUGCUGAAGUCCCAUUUGUCGCAUCUAUGUCCGAUGAAGCGGAAUCAAGAGAGAACUCUGGGUUCCAGGGUGAUGUUGAUAUUCACGACCAAGAUGGGGAAUUCACUGCUGUCCAGGUGGAAGGACUCCACGUUGUCCCCUUCACCCCGGCUUCUUCGGCCGACGACCAACAGCAGUUCUAUGCUACGCAUUGGGUUUCCUCCGAGCCCAACGCCGACAUUCCGGGCACUUACGAAGCCUCGGUUCAAGAUAAAGAGAUGGCUAUCAUCCUUGAACGUGGUAGCUACUUCUACCUCAGACAAUUGGAGCACCAGAUUCCAGAGGACCACCCCGGGCGGUCUGACCCGUACAACGCCGCUUACCUGUCUUUCGCCUGUCACACACACAAGCUCGUCCAGCAAGGCAAGCAUCGGUACGCAAGGAGGGAAUGGCUCAAUGACACGCUAGAAGACAUUCUCGCCUUCUCCAAGCCAUUCUCUGAGCAACCCGAGAUCAAGGCUAUGCACAUCGUCGGGGAGCAGAUGCCGCGUGCGAUACUGGGAGAGACUACCAUGCUCGAGCACUUGAUGAACAACGGGCUACUGGCUGACUACUACGCACAAGCCCGAAGCAUCACCCGAGGCACCAACCUCUUAGCGGAGACUGUCGUGCAGAUUCUGCAGCGGUAUCCCGAGAGCAAGAUCCUGGAAGUUGGGGCCGGUACCGGGCAGGCAACUCGCGAAAUUCUCAAGCGCGUCGACGACAACUUUUCGACUUACACGUUCACGGACGUCUCGGCGGCAUUCUUCGACAAGGCCGAGGCGGAGUUUGAGGCAUUUGAGGACCGCAUGCUCUACAGCGUUCUGGAUCUCGAGCAAGAUAUGAAGACGCAAGGCUUCGAGGAGCAUUCUUACGACAUUGUCGUCGCCUCCUUCGUCCUGCACGCCACAAAGAGCAUCGAGCAGACUGUGCGUCGCGUACGAUCGCUUCUGAAACCGGGUGGUUAUCUCGUUCUCUAUGAGGUGACAAACACCGACAUCAUCCGCGGUACCGCCCUCUUCGGGUGUCUCCCGGGAUGGUGGCAAGGGGUUGAAGAGGGCAGAACCCUGGGUGCGUGCGUGUCCGAGUCCAAGUGGGAUGCCAUCUUGCGCAAGACCGGGUUCUCGGGAGUCGACACCAUGACGCCCGUCAAGGACGCCAUGUCUCUUCCCAACUCUGUCAUGGUCUCGCAGGCGGUCGAUGACUGGGUCGAGUUUAUUCGAGAGCCCCUCUUGGCAUCGCCCUCGCUGUUUGUUGGACAGUCUGUCAUCAAGCAUCUCUUCAUCAUUGGAGGGUCCACUUUGCGAGUCUCUCGCUUGGUGCAGGACAUUCGAAAGCUCAUCCACGCUUUCUGCGACGACAUCACGGUGAUUGAAUCUUUAGAGAGACUAGAUGAUACGGAGCUUGACGAGAACGCCACUGUCCUGGUUCUGGAGGACCUCGACCACCCCGUCUUCAAAGACAUCACUGCAGCACGCUGGGACGGCCUCAAGUACCUCUUCGGAUCUGAGAAGUCCAUUGCGUGGGUCACCCAGGAUCGCAUGGUCGAUAACCCCUUUGGCAACAUGGGUGUCGGAUUCGCGCGAUCGGCCCUAUGGGAAAUCCCGGAGAUCCGCUACCAGUUCAUCGACUUCCAAAAUGCGCACCGAAUCGACGCGCGGGCGUUGGUGGAAUCCGUGCUGCGCUUCCAGAUGUCUGGUUCCGUUCAAGAACAGAGCCAGCGAAAACCCCUCUGGUCCGUAGAGUCUGAGAUUGUCAUUGAUUCUGACGGACGCCAGUUGGUUCCUCGGAUGAGGCCCGUCAGCACUGCCAAUGAUCGCUAUAACUCGGCUCGAAGGACCAUCGUUAAGGAUGCCCAGACUCUAAACUCUCAAAUAGCUAUUGAGAAUUCGGAUGAUCAGUACAUCCUUGUCGAGCGGUCUCCGCUGGCUCGGGACCGCUGCGACAGUAGCACGGUUACCUUGAACUUGACGCAUUCCAGCUUGCGAGCCAUCAAGACUGACCUCGGCGACGCAUUUUUGAUACUGGGAUUCUGCGCAACAACUGGCACUCAGUACCUCAGUCUUUGGGACUCUGUUGCCUCCGUCGUCAGCAUACCGCAAGAGAAUCUGGUCUCUUGUUCUGUUCCCCUAGAGUCCGCGGCGUUAUUCUUGACAGAUGUGGCUGCACACCUCCUCAUGCCAGCACUUGAGGGCUCUCUCAUCGAAGGCGACACUGUCCUGGCUCAUAACGCCCCCGAUUCGGUGAUGAAAGUACUUGGUGGCCGUCUCAAGUCGGCUGGUAUCAAGUUGGUCUGCACUACUUCCUUGAGGGAAGUUGCGGAGCAAACCGAUUCUGUGUAUAUCGGCCGAUAUAUGCGCCAAUCCGAGGUGAGGGCGCUUCUCCCCGCCAACAUCUCUCGAUCCAUCGACUUCACAACCCAAGGCGGACUGUCAUCAGUCGCUUCCUGCUUGCCGAUCAGUGUCCCUAGAGUCAACGUGUCUUCACUGCUUGCCGAAACGGCAAAGAUGAACCGGGCGUUUGGCAACGAUAUGAAUAAACGUCUCGCAGCUGCAACGGCCGAUGCACACUCAGCUGUUGCAAACCGCACACGCAAUGACACGGCGACAAGCUUGGUCAAUGUACAAGAUCUGGAGACAAUCAAGGAAGCUCCCAGCGCACUUACAAUCGUUGACUGGAGCGCCUCAUCCGUUUCCAUCAAUGUCCAACCUGCCAUAGCUCAUUUCAAGGCAGAUCGGACUUAUUGGUUGGUCGGACUCUCUGGAGAUCUUGGAAUCUCUAUUGCAGACUGGAUGAUUCGAAAUGGUGCCAAGUACCUGGUCAUUACCAGCCGCAACCCCAAGGUAGAUGAGAGCUGGCUGAAGAUUACGGAGGCAAGAGGGGCAAUAGUACGCAUCGUGGCAUGCGACCUUACCGACUACGACGAACUCGCACAGGCGCACAACGAGAUCUCUAGCACACUGCCCCCGAUCGCCGGUGUUUACCAAGGCGCCAUGAUCCUUCUAGACAUGGCCCUUCGUGACAUGGGACUCGAGGACUUUAGCCGGGUUCUCCGUCCGAAGGUCGAGGGCAGUCUGAACCUCGAUCGCGUUUUGGGAGAUGAGCCACUGGAUUUCUUCAUCUUCUUCUCUUCCGUCGCCACCGUCGCAGGGAACCCCGGCCAGGCAGGCUACACGACCGCCAACUUGUUCAUGAGCGGUAUGGCUCAGCAAAGACGCAAGCGCGGUCUGCCGGCGUCCGUUGUGGAGCUAGGCUUGAUCAUGGGCACGGGAUACAUCACCCGCGAGAAGGGCAACGUCCUGACGCGGCCUUCGUUUGAACGAGGACUCUUGACGAUAUCCGAGUAUGAUGUUCACCAGACGCUGGCGGAGGCUAUUCAAUACGGCCACCCUGAGUCGGGUGCCGAGUGGCAGAUUUCCAUCGGCCUGAGACGGAUGCCGGCCAACGCGCCAAACCGGCCUCAGUGGUAUAGCUACCCUCAAUUCGCGUGUCUCACGGAGAGGGCCGCGGUCGAGGACACGAGCGCGGCUAAUACGCAGGCUGGCCCGUCUAUCAAAGAGCGUUUGGCCACGGCGACGACGAGAGAUGAUGUUGAGAAGAUCAUCACUGAAUCCUUCAUUGCCGAAAUGCGCAAGAUGCUCCAUCUCAGCGACGACUAUGCCAUCACCCCAGCAGUCCGUACUGACGAGCUGGGGCUCGACUCCCUCGUCGCCGUCAGAAUCCGAUCCUGGUUCCUCAACAACUUCCAGGUCAACAUUCCCGCACUUCGGAUUCUCAAGGGUGAGGCGCUGCAGGGCCUCAUCGACCACGCCGUGGAUGAGAUCCCAGAGGAGUUGGCACCCAAGUUGUUUGCCCUACAAUCUGAAGACAACUCAUCAUCUUCCGAAGAGUCAUCGCAAAAGUCAGGCUCGCCGCCGUCUACCGCUCCCGAGACGGAGACUUCAUCUGUCGUCAACGGCGAUCUCGAGAUAAAGGAGGAGAAGGAGCCAGGGCCACAGGAAGUCCAGUUGGAAAGGUUCGGACGCUUGUCUUACACCCAGUCAGUAUUCUUGUUCGUGCACGAGCUCUUGCCUGACAAGACCACUCUGAACAACACAGUUAUGCUUCAUCUUAGCGGAGAAGUGCGCAUCCCCGAUCUCUCCCGCGCCGUCCGGGCGUUAGGAGAGCGACAUGAGUCGUUGCGAAGCUGUAUUUGCGAACGCGAUGGCCAGCCUAGCCAGGGAGUUAUGAAGGCCCCUUCUUUCGCCCUCGAGCACAAGAAAGUCUACACCAAGAACGAGCUUUUCGACGAGUACGCAGCACUCCGUGGCCAUGUAUUCGACUUGCGCCGUGGCCAGACGAGCCGGACCAUCCUGCUCUCGUACUCGCCACGGGAUCACUACCUCUUGAUGAGCUCGCACCACAUCUUCUUCGACCGAGCCAGCAACGACGCCGUCAUGGGCGACCUGGAGCGGUUGUACAACGGAUAUCCCCUCGAUUCGAGCCCUCUCCAAUACCUCGACUACUCUGACGACCAGCAAAGACAGUACAUAUCGGGAGAAUGGGACGAGGCCAUCGACUUUUGGCGCCGCGAAUUCACCACCAUACCCGACCCCCUGUCCCUCCACCGCAGUCAGAUCUCCGAACGACAGCCCCUCGAGCGCUAUGCAUCCCGCAUCCCGGACUUCCGCAUCGACAAGCAGCUCUCGGCAAAGAUCCGUCAGGUCGCGAGGAAGCACCGCGCCACUCCGUUCCACUUCCACCUCGCCGCCUUCAAGGUCCUCCUGCACCGGUUCCUCGGCACCACCGACGUAUGCAUCGGCAUUGCGGACAGCUGCCGCAGAGACGACCAGAUGCGCACCGGCAUCGGCCCGUUCCUCAACAUGCUACCCCUGCGCAUGGCCGCCAACGCGGAGCAGCCCUUCCUCGGCGCCCUAGACGAGGCGAGGGAAAAGAGCUUCGCCGUUCUCGCCAAUUCGAUUCCUCUGGAGGUCAUUCUGAACGAGCUCCGCGUCUCUCGUCAGGCCACGCAUACGCCCUUGGCACAGGCGUUUAUGAACUACGCCGAGAAUGACCUCGAAGACGGCCAGAUGUUCCUCGGUUGCCGCAUGACGAUGAUGAAGCAGGAGAUGGCCGAGCUUCCCUACGAUAUCACCUUUACCGUCAUCAACAACACCACGGGCGACACGCGCAUCCUCCUGAAUUUGCAGGAGUCCUUGUACACAGAUGCUGAUGCUCAAAUCUUGCAGCAUGGAUAUGAGGACAUUCUGCGGGAGUUUGCAAACGCGCCGGAUCAGGCGGUGGGUAGCAAAUGGCACUUCAGACCUGCUGUUUUGCAAAAGGCUCUUGCAUUGGGACGCGGCGCGGCUUUCAACUCCUCUUGGCCGGAGACCCUCGUUCACCAAUUCGAAAGCUUCUUCCCAGCUGUCGCGGAGAGAGUCGCGGUUACCGAUGACACUGGUGGCUCAAUUACCUACGCACAACUUUCUGCCCAGAUGAACACGAUUGCAUCUGAACUCCUCCGCCAAGGUGUGCAACCUGGCUCCAGGGUUGCGGUCUUCCAGCACCCGUCAGUCUGUUGGAUACCUUCCCUUCUUGCGAUUCUCAGAAUUGGCGCCGUCUAUGUCCCGCUGGACGUCAACACUCCGAUUGCAAGAUUGUCCCUGAUGGUGCGCGACUGUCAACCAGCCUUGAUCCUCGUCCACGACUCAACGACGGACGACGCAAAGAAGCUGGAGACCGAGCCAGGCACAUCUCUAGUCAAUGUAGCAGCUUUGGAAGAGUCAAGUGAAACAGCAAUCCCCAAUCUCGCCCAGCCGGACGCACCAGCUAUAAUCCUGUACACCAGCGGCUCAACCGGGACUCCGAAGGGAGUUAUCUUACGCCACAGCAGCUUGAAGCACGAGUUCGACCACUGCGCUACCAUUUAUCAACUCAACCAGCACGACGUCGUGCUUCAGCAGAGCGCGUGGAGCUUUGACUUAUCCGUGACGCAAAUCUUCCUGGCUCUCGGCGUGGGAGCCCAAUUGCACACAGUAUCCCACACCAUGCGCGCGGACUCGCACGCGAUGGCUGAGCUCAUCGCGAGUCGAGGGGUGACAGCCACCUACGCCACCCCAACUGAGUACAAGAGUUGGCUGAGGCGUGAAAGCCAGGCCGUAGUGCGGUCUUCGGCCUGGCGCCUAGCCCUGGUCGCCGGAGAAGCCGUCACGGAGCCGCUUCUUCAACUCUUCCGCGAGGUGGACCGCGAUGGCCUCCGUCUCUUCAACGUGUACGGUCCUACUGAGACGACGUGUGGAUCGACCAAGAUGGAGUUAUCGUACCGAACUCCUGGGAUGUAUCAAGGGACCAUUCCCGUUGGUGUGGCGUCUGCGAAUGAGCGCUUCUACAUUCUGGACCCCAGUCAGAACCUUCAGCCAGCAGGCCAGACGGGUGAGAUUGCCAUUGGCGGUGUUGGAGUUGCCAUGGGCUACUUGAACUUGGAUGAACGCACUCGGGCGUCUUUCUUGCCUGACCCUUUUGCAACCGAGGACGAUUCAAAGCGGGGAUGGACGACCAUGUACCGAACAGGCGACGUCGGGUUCCUGCAGUCCAACGGCACGCUCGUCCUGAAAGGUCGCAUCGGAGACGACACGGAGAUCAAGCUCAAUGGUGUUCGGAUUGACCUAAAGGACGUGGAAAAGACCGUCCUACAAGCUUCCGGCGGUGUCCUCGCCGAUGCUGUGGCGUCUCUUCGCAGUACCUCGGAAGGGGCGGUCAAGUUCAUGAUCGUUCACGUCGUUUUUUCGGACAAGAACUUUGCUGAGGAUAGGAGCAAAUUCCUCAAAACUCUCCUCGCUGAGCUCCCGUUGGCACGCACCAUGUGUCCAUCGGCUCUCAUUCCGGUCGACGCCCUUCCCAGAACCGUGGCUGGUAAGGUUGACAGGCGUGGAAUCUCCUCUUUGCCCAUCUCGCAGGGACUUUUCCACCGCGCCGAACAGGAGAUGGAGGGUACCUCAGGAUCGGCGAGACUUUCCAAGGCCGAAAGCACACUUCAAGCUUACUGGGAAGCGGUGAUUCCGGAGGAGCUCGUCGGUUUGCACGAGAUCGAAGCGAACUCGGACUUCUUCACCAUUGGAGGUAAUUCUCUCCUCUUGAUCGAGCUUCAAGGUCGGAUUCGCGCAGAUCUCGGCAUCUUCAUCGCCUUGCCAAAGCUCUUCCAAGCCACGACUCUGAGGUCAAUGGCUCGACUUCUUCCCGGGAUGGACGACACCGAGCCGGAGCUCGACACCCAGAUUGAUUGGUCCAGCGAGACCGCUCUACGUUCAGGAGAUGCCAUCUCUGAGCAGUUGUCUGCCAAUCCAGUUGCGAAGCUGCCUCGCACCGUCGUCUUGACAGGAGCCACAGGUUUCCUCGGCCAAUAUCUCGCGAGGUCCCUCGUCGAAAACGAGCAAGUCGAGAAAGUCAUCUGCAUAGCGGUACGAAACUCAAAGGACCAAGCCCGCCAACAUCUCCUCUCCCAGCUCGGUCCCAAAACAGAGUUCCAUGAAGGCGACCUGAGCUCGCCCCGCCUCGGUCUCACAGAGGAAGCCGCCCUCCGCAUAUUCCAAUCCGCCGAUGCAGUCAUCCACAACGGCGCUGACGUCUCGCAUCUCAAGACAUACUCCUCCCUUCGCGCCGCUAACCUCGGAGCAACCCAAGAGCUCGUCCGGUUGUGCGGUCCUCGGCAGAUCCCGCUGCACUAUGUAUCCACUACGGGUGUCGCCAUGUACACACCCUUCGAGGAGCUCGACGAGGUCUCGGUCCGCGAGCACAGGCCGCCGGUGGACGGCCGACACGGCUACGUCGCCUCCAAGUGGGCCAGCGAGGUAUACCUCGAAAACGUCCACGCGGCUGGCGGCUUGCCAAUCUACAUCCACCGCCCGUCGAGCAUCAUGCGCCCCGAAGCCGACAGGACGGGCGAGAACCCGGCUGCUGAUGUCCUGCAGAAUAUGCUCGACUACUCGCGGCGCGUGCGCGCCGUGCCAGCGGCGCCGGGUCUGAGUGGGUUUGUUGACCUGGUGAAGCCCGAGACGGUCACCCGCGGGGUUGUCGGCGCCGUCAUGGCUGGGUCUAGGGAGGAUGGUGUUGUUUAUGUUCACGAGUCGGGAGACUUGGAGUUGAAUGUGAAGCAGAUUCGGGAGUAUUUGAAGAGUGAGACGGGAGAGGAUGUUGAGGCGCUGCCGCUCAAUGAGUGGAUUGGUCGUGCCGAGGAGAUUGGAUUGUCGCAUGCCAUGGCUGCCGUAUUCUGGAGUUCGUUGGGGUCUGGAGAGUCGAUGAAUCUUCCCAAGUUGCUGAGGCGACGACUGUUGGGUUUGCUUGAAGUUUAA